AUGUUCUACACCUAUCUGCUUCUGGGCAAACGAGGGAUCCUAUCCAAGAUCUGGAUCGCUGCACAUUGGGAGAAGAAACUUACUAAAGCUCACAUAUUUGAGUGCAAUCUUGAAUCAGCCAUUCAAAGCAUCAUGGUGCCAAAGGUCAUGAUCGCCCUUAGAACCUCAGGUCAUUUACUUCUUGGAGUUGUACGAAUAUAUCACCGAAAGGCAAAAUAUCUUUUAGCGGAUUGCAAUGAAGCUUUACUGAAUAUGAGGAUUACAUUUCGUCCAGGCGCUUUGGAUCUUACAGAAAAUAACCAGGAAGCAAGUUACAAUGCUAUCACUCUACCUGAAGAAUUCCCAGACUUUGAUAUGCAGUUGCCUGAUUUAAAUGUAAUUGAUGUGGUUGAUCAUUUCACACUGAACCAGAGCCGAGUGGAGGACAUAACAAUUCAAGAGGAGGGUGACAGACAGCUUAAUUUUCAUGAUAGCUUUGGUGAUGACCUAGAGACAUUCAGGCAUGGCUCUGCAAGUGAUGUCUCCUUUGAAGUUAGCAACACCAGUGUCUUACCUGAGCACAGUUCUGCCCAAUUACCUGGUGACACUAGAGACAUUUUUGCUGAUGACCUUUUUGGAGAUGAAGGAACAGAUUUUUUUGAAAACAAUCAGCUUUUUAAUGAAUCUAAUAUAUUAAGUGUGGAUAAAGAUAUGAGGCAAGAUAUAACGCUUCCUCCGGAGGAUGAACCACCAGAAGAUGAAGUGCAAGAUUCACCUUUGGAUGAUGAUCCAGUUGCAAACAACACAACCCUGGUAUCCAAUGAAGAAAUUGGCUUUGUCCUGGAGCCUGUUGAUGUUUCAGUGCUAGAAAAGAAAAAACGAAGUAAGAGGAAGCGUACGUUAAUGGUGGAUGAUGUGAAGGAGAUCCCAAGCAGUUGCAUGCAGGAACAACUGAAGGAUACAUCAGACACUGUCACCACAAUGGAUAUUGCUCCCCCAACUCAGCACCUUAUGGAGUGGAAGCUGAAGGGUGGAGUGCAGUGGCUACUGUCUCACCCAAGUCAACCAAUAAUCAACGCUGACCUGUUACUGCUUUUUACACAACUCCAGAAGGUGGCUAUCCCCAGAGAUAUGCAGGAAGAACCAGCAGAGCCUCCAAAUAGAGCACUUCAACAUGAGCAAGAGGAGUCUGACUUACCCCAGUUAAAGGUAACCAAACAAACAGAUGUCAACUCCUUUAUUGCUGAAGAUCCUUUAUGCACACUAGACUUGAAUGACCAUCAUCAAACAACAAGUGAUAUGGACAGCUCUGUGCACGAGGAAUAUGUUGAUGGUUUGUUGGGUAAUUCUCCGGGAUACCUGGAUGAACAACUUAGUGAACCAACACAAAGGAGUAUAGAGAGCAAUGAUGAGCAGCAAUGGAACAAAAGAACACAUAACCUACUGCAGGGCCUACGAAAACUGAACCAGUCUGGUGUGAACUCCUUCAGUUUGCAGAAACUCUGUAAGAACGACAAGAGGAAAGCGGUAUCUACCAAGUUCUACAGUUUCCUGGUGCUAAAGAAACAGUCUGCCAUCCAGAUGACACAGAGCACUCCAUACAGCGAGAUCACUGUCAUCCCAGGACCUAGAUUCCAUACCCUGUGA